UCAGCCCGACAUGCGACAUAUUAGGAUAUUAGUCUUUAGUCUUGUCUGAUGAAAGUUGUAGUUUAAAGGCUGCAAUAAUGUUUACCUACAAAAAAGCUCUUUGUCGACAUGUUCCAAAAUCAUUAGUUACCGAAGCACUGAGAAUGGAAAACUCCUUGGAACCAAUUGAUUACGAAAACGCUUUACGAGAACACAAGCAAUACAUUGAAACGCUAGGACAGUUAGGACUUCAGAUCGUGCUAUUAGAUGCUGAUGAGGAACUGCCCGAUUGCGUUUUUGUGGAAGACCCCGCAAUAGUUUGCGGCGACAAAGCACUUGUUACCAACCCAGGCCACACCAACAGGAAAAAAGAAACCAUCGCAAUCAAGACUGCUCUGGAAAAACUAGUCUCCGAAGUUGUUUGCAUGGAGAACCCCGCAGAAAUGGAUGGGGGUGAUGUACUCUUUACAGGCAAAGAGUUUUUUGUUGGCCUUUCCACAAGAACCAACCAGGACGGUGCAGAUGUGCUACGGAGCGCCUUCCCUUUAUUUCCAGUCCAUACCAUACGUGUAAUUGACGCAACUUUGCAUUUAAAAUCGAUGCUAAGCUUAGCCUCAGAUGAUGUUAUUGCAUACGGACCAAGCAAAGCGGCUUCAGAAGCAGUUCAAGAAAUGAAGGAAAAGGCCAAAUUUGGAUAUAACUUCCUCAAGGUAUCAACCGAUGCCGCUGCGAAUUGCCUAUGGAUAAAUGGCACUUUGAUACAUCGAUCAUCAAUGGAAUUCCCACAAAUAACAGAAGACUUUGCGUCGCUUGACUGCCCAAAAAUUCAACUUACAAAUACAGAAUUAAGUAAGGUUGAUGGGGCCUUGACAUGCUGUUCGUUGUUGAUAAAUUAAGACUAGCAUCUGGUGGUGUUGAUAUUACCAAGCUGUUUUAAGUAAUAGAAUGAUAUGUCAACUAAAGAUUUAUACUGAUUAUAGGAGAGGCUAUAAAUACAUAAGUAUCAGUGAUUUUUUGAGUUUUUUCUUACUUUUAUGGGGUUUGAAAGAUGAGAGGGCGAGGGCCCCUGCAAGGUACAAAUUCCUGUAGCUCAAAGUUGGAAGGAAAAGGAAACACGUCAGAAGUCUCACUGUUUAUUAAACAUUCAUGUUACUUGAAAAUCAGAUUAGCCGAAGAUUGCCCAGAUUCAAUGGACUUGUUGCUAUAGAACAAUAAUAAAAGCGACAGAAGAGGCCUUCAUGCAUGAUAAACACUGUUUAUAAAAACUACCAAAAUGUUAGGAAACAAGCAGUGAAAAUUUACUGAACUAAUUUUCCUCUCAACCAUUUGGCACCUAUUUCCUUGGGAAUGAUAAGAUAUUCUGUUAAUAUGUUACAUUUAGAGUUACAUCUAUGAAACUUUUGUUCUUAAACUGGUUGAAAAAUUAAGAAAGCGAAUAAUAAUCGCAUUUUAGAAAAUAAACUAUAACGGGAAAUGAGUAGAAAUGACUAUGGAAUAAGAAGAAACAAUUAGGAAACAAGAAGGGAAGGUCGAAAAAGGCAAUUCCUUUCUAUGCAAGGUAAUGCCUUCCUAUACAACAAAUUAUCGUAUCAACGAAGCCAAAUUAAACACAAAUACACUUGUUAGGACAUGAACAAUUCGGAGAGCUACCAUAUUUUGCUUGAUGUCAUAUUUUUAGGAGAGCGUUUCCUGACCCUAGGCGACCUGUGAUUCGUUGAUGCAGUCAAAAAACUCCUUGACAUGUAUUAAUCGGAUUAUCCGAACCGGGUCCUUCACCUUCGCCCUCGUUAGCAUGUAGUUGUAUAGUUAUAUAAAUUUUUCAUUCCAACAUUCCACAUUAAAUAGGGGGUCUAGAAAAGUGGGGGGGCUGAAACCAUAUAAAAGAGGCUUGGCUGGUAGUUUAUUACUCAAUAUUUGACAUUUUUUGCAAAAUGUGGUGGGGGCGAAAGCCCCUCAAGCUCCCCCUGCUCCGCGGUGCCUGAUAUUUCGUAUUUAUGUUCUUGUCUAUGCCACCGUAAAUGUCCAAAUCCCUAUUCUACUUCUUUUGCAGUUGCCCUGACCAAUUUUAAUUGUCAUCGAUUCCGAAUCCUCCUCCGAAAUCCGAAUUUUUGCUUCUUUAAAUUGCUUAAUCUCUGAUUCUCCCUAAUGAUAUGGUGUGUCUAAUAAGCAACUUUUUUCAAACUCUCCUUUUUUAUGGUUUCUCUUUUUUAGAGCAUUUGUGACUUCGUGUGGUGGCCAAAAUUCAACUUUAGCUUGUUAACUGUUUAAAUGUCUUUCGCGUGCGUGACUCUCGUUCACACCUUGGCUAAUUUUUAUGUAA